AUGACCCAGACAACAAAAGGAUACCAAUACCGAACUUUGCAGCGUUGCCGGAAUGAGAUCAGACUUUUGCGAAUCUUGCCUGCAGAUAAUAAUAAAAAGCUCAAGUUACUUCCUGCGUGUCAUGUCUUUCACGCCUCCCUCGAUGAGCAACCGGAUUUUGUGGCUUUGUCCUAUGUCUGGGGAUCUUCCACGACUCAACGAGUGAUUCUCGUCGAAGAUUCUGAGUUUCGAGUAACCAAGAAUUUAUAUGACGCGCUAAUGAUGCUCAGACCGUUCGACGAUGAACUUGUGAUCUGGAUCGAUGGCCUCUGCAUCAACCAGUCAGAUAAUGAAGAGAAGAGUUGGCAAGUCGAUCUAAUGGCAGAUAUCUACUCAAAGGCACGCAGAGUAGUUGCUUGGCUUGGACCAGCUGAGAGCGAAGACGAUUCGGUAGUGGAUUAUAUGAAUGCUCUAGGGGAAAAGGCAGAGGCUUGCGGUUUGGAUAAUGGAUUCGAGACCCACCAAAGACUCUGGCACAUUAUGGCAUUGUUCCCCCGGGAAAGGCUCGAUUUAGUGCAACCGACUGCAAUGAUAGAACUCGAAGUCCCUUCUGGAGAAAUACUUAAAGUCUCACUGGGUGCAUUGCGCAAAAGCUUUUAUUCCAUUAGUGGCUGGCACGGUCAAGAGAACCUACUGCCGGUGGCUGGCAUGGAACGAUUUUUUACCCGGCCGUGGUGGGGACGGAUGUGGGUUUUGCAAGAAAUAACACUUCCAGAGAACGCAGAAUUCUUUUAUGGAAGCAAGAGGAUUACACGACGUCGAUGCACCGCCGCGUUGCAUGCGUUUUGUGCUCUGCGGCUCGUCCUCAUGAAUAUCCACAUCAACAAGCUCAAACCUUUGAACGGCUAUCAUUUUCAAAUAAUUGAGGCUCUUUUCCAGCAUAGACCAGAGGUCAUGCUGUCUUCUUGGAAUAUAUAUAGAUACUCGACAUUCCCGUUGGUGGCUCUCCUACGCGCAACAUGCGUUGGCAGUAUAAACCCCAACCGACAUGGAGCUCAUCACUUGGCAGCAACUGACCCGAGAGACAAAGUAUUUGCUUUAUUGGGUUUAGCAGCAGACCGAAAGAAGUUGGCAAAAAUGGGUGUUUUUCCAGAUUAUUCCAGAUCGUGCGAAGAAAUCUACACAACAACCAUGGUGGCGAUGCUUCGGCAGGGUCACAUGUCUCUACUCUCCUUCUGUCAAUCGCCUAAGAUACAAUCCAACUUACCAUCUUGGGUUCCUGAUUGGUCUCGAUCUGCGACACAUAUGCUACAAGAUGUGAGAAAUGAUCAUGUCACUCUCUACCCCGAAUUUAGCGCAUCUGGACCACUUCCAAGUCAUUCUAAAAUCAGAGUCAUCAAGAGGGAAGGCAAAGUUGCGGGCAUCUCGUUGCAAUGCUACCUAUAUGAUGAGAUUCACGAAGUCGGCUCAUUCUCUAAAAGAAUUUCUAGUCAUGUGGUGCCUCUCAAUGAAACGCAUUCAUGGCCAGUAAAAUGGCUAGUUGAGUUUAUGCGUCUGACAUAUCAUAACAGUCAACGCUAUGUCGAAUUCAGCGAUCGUGUACAUGCAGCGGCCAGAACUUCCAUUGGUGGUGUAUGUUACAGCGAGAACACAGAAAUGGUAAGGGUUGGUGAAGAACACUUCCUUGAUGCUGUUAGACUUCUAAAAAACAAUAUCGAGAAGAUCAAGUCAAAUCGUAUCAGGCUUGGACUUCAACAGCUCUGGAAAAAAGUAACCCAGAUUGAUAAGCCAAGGAUGAAGGCCAUUAGAUCAAAGUUCGGCUCGGAAAUUAUUGGGAAGAGCUUGGGCCGGCUUCCUUUCGUUACUGGUAAAGGGCAUUUGGUUCUUGGCCCCGAGUAUGUUAAGCGAGGUGACUUUGUCGCUCUCAUAAAAGGAACACAGGUUCCCUUUAUUCUUCGGCGUCAAAGUGAUGGACAGUACCAGCUAGUAAGCGAAGCAUACGUUGAUGGUAUCAUGGACGGAGAGGCAAUUAAAAACGCUAGAUGGUGUGAGGCAAAUCUAGUAUAG